UUUCCCGCGUGCGACCCUCCCUGAUGACGUAACAGAGUAAUUCCGGGAAAAGAAAGGUGGAAACCUGGCGACGUCACGUGACGCGGAUCGCCUUCACAGCGCCGCGAAGGGAAAAACCGAGCGCAGAGGAAGGGAGUGUGAAGGAGACUUGCGCAUGCGCUGCGUGCAGUUCGCUCCUGCGCUUACCUUCUACGUUACACAACUUCUGAGGGGCGGCUGGUGGAGGCGGCACCCCAGGUUAGGCGCUUGGAAGGCCUGUCUUCUUAGUAUCAUUCCCACUUGCGUUGCCUCACCCUCGUGGACUGGGAGCUGAGUGAGGCCCUGCUGCUUGGGAAGCGCUGCUUACGGAGGGGGUGCGCUGCUCUGUGUGCAUCUUUUGGACAGCGCCUAGUACGCCGUUGAUGUAAGCUGGGGAGUAGCUGAGGCAGGAGCAGAUGGCGGCACAAUGUGUAACAAAGGUGGAGCUGACCAUCUCCUGCAGCAAUCUCCUGGAUAAAGAUGUUGGCUCCAAAUCGGACCCACUGUGUGUGCUGCUUCAGCAUACAAGUGGGCAGCAGUGGUAUGAGGUUUCUCGCACAGAAAGGGUCAAGAACUGUUUGGACCCCAAGUUUUCCAAGAAAUUCCUCAUUGAUUAUUACUUUGAGCUAGUUCAGAAGCUCAGAUUUGGGGUAUAUGACAUCGACAAUGCAACUGUUGAGCUGAGUGAUGAUGACUUCUUAGGAGAAUUUGAAUGCACACUGGGGCAGAUUGUUUCUAGCAAGACAAUCACCAGGCCGCUAGUGCUGAAAAAUGGCAGACCUGCAGGAAAAGGAAGAAUUACGAUUACAGCUGAAGAAGUAAAGGAUAACCGAGUGGUCAUACUUGAAGUUGAAGCAAGGAAACUGGACAACAAGGAUUUGUUUGGAAAAUCUGACCCUUACUUGGAGUUUCACAAGCAAACCUCUGAAGGAAACUGGGUGAUGGUGCACAGAACAGAAGUUAUUAAAAAUAAUUUGAAUCCUGUCUGGCGGCCGUUUAAAAUCUCUCUCAACUCUUUAUGCUAUGGUGAUAUGGACAAAACAAUCAAGGUUGAGUGUUAUGAUUAUGACAGCGAUGGGUCACAUGAUCUCAUUGGGACCUUUCAAACAACAAUGUCAAAACUGAAGGAAGCUUCUCGACAGUCUCCAGUUGAAUUUGAAUGCAUUAAUGAAAAGAAGAGGCAAAAGAAGAAAAGCUACAAAAAUUCAGGAGUUGUGAGUGUGAAGCACUGUGAGAUUUUAAUGGAAUGCACAUUCCUUGACUACAUCAUGGGAGGAUGCCAGCUGAGUUUUACUGUUGGCAUUGACUUUACUGGUUCUAAUGGAGAUCCUCGCUCUCCAGACUCCCUCCAUUACAUCAGCCCUAAUGGGGUGAAUGAAUAUCUGACUGCCAUCUGGUCUGUGGGGAUGGUCAUUCAGGACUAUGAUGCAGAUAAGAUGUUUCCAGCUUUUGGAUUUGGUGCUCAGAUUCCCCCAUCGUGGCAGGUGUCGCAUGAGUUUCCAUUAAACUUUAACCCAUCAAAUCCAUUUUGCGCAGGAAUCCAAGGGAUUGUGGAUGCAUACCGGACCUGCCUCCCUCAAGUCAGACUGUAUGGGCCCACUAACUUUUCUCCAAUAAUUAACCAUGUGGCUAGACUUGCUGCUGCAGCUCUUCAGCAAAGAACAGCCUCCCAAUAUUUUGUCCUCUUGAUAAUCACCGAUGGUGUGAUAACAGACCUUGACGAGACCAGAUCGGCCAUUGUUAAUGCAGCCAAGCUUCCCAUGUCCAUUAUCAUUGUUGGGGUUGGAGGAGCUGACUUCAGUGCCAUGGAGUUCCUGGAUAGUGACAGUGGAGCUCUCCGGUCUCGUUCAGGAGAGGCUGCCAUUAGAGACAUUGUCCAGUUCGUGCCUUUUAGACAAUUCCAGAAUGCUCCCAAAGAAGCGCUCUCUCAAAGUGUUCUGGCUGAAGUGCCUCAGCAAGUGGUGAACUACUUCAGCACAUACCGGCUCCAGCCUCCAAACAACCCUGCAGCGAAGCAAGACGGGAGCUGAGCAGGAGACACCAAUUCCGGUAUCCUAGGUGGGAGGAGCCCUGCACUACCUGCCUCUGAAGUGUCAACAGACCAUAGUCGACAAGAAGGCCUCAAGACUGCUCAUGCAGAACACUGCAUCAAAUGACGCAUAUUCUAUUAAGAUACACUUGCUCAGUGGUAUUAGGUAUUGCCAAAGAUGCCAUUUUUGUUUAGCAAUCUGUUGCUGAGGGGGCAGGGUGGGGGGAAGUUCAAGCAUAUGGAAGUCUGUCUUCAGGAAGGGCAGAGUUGCUGCUUUUUCCCCUUUUUUGGCGCUUCAUCAAGCAUACAGACAAAGCAUGGUGGCUCUUCAGUAGUGAUUAAGAAAUGCAGGACAGGGCUUUGGGGUGGCUUUGAAACACUCAUGUUGCAGCUAUCUUGAUCUUUAAGAAACCUUGGCUGUUCAAACCUUGCAUAAGCUUAGCAGCAUCAGUGUAAAAUGCUCAACUGUUUGCAGAGAAGCAUCAGGACUAGGACUCUCUUAGAGCUUUAAAGUGACCUUUUUCACUUUUCCCCUGUGACUUAUAUAGUUCUGGGCCAUUGUUUGUAACUUGAUGAAACAUAUUGUUGCAAAUACAGAACGUGGGUGGGAUCAAAACUUAACACUGCGCUCAUGGAAUCUCAUUCCAUGAGUGGAAGGAAAGUUGCGCUUGUGGAGAUGCCCCCUCAGUAGCGCACCUCUCCUUUGGUCUUCAGAAGGAGGUUUUGCUAGUGUAGUCGUAACUUUGGCUUGAACCCCCAUGACUGUGUCUUAACUCAAGAUAAGCAUCACAGUGCCAUCAUCAGCAACUAGUACUUUUCUGCUCCAUGAGGCAGAUGUGAAGAGGAUCAAGAUUUCUUUGGCCACAAAUUGUAUUGCCAAAUCAGCUCAUUUGGAGGAAUCCAAUUGUGUAAAGUGAUGGGAUGUGACUUGUAUGGAUUAGGAAGCCCAGUAUAUGCCAGUGAAGGACUCUUCUCCCUGCCACCCCCCAGAGUACUCAUCUGUUUUAGUAGUUCUAUACAGAGAUUAGGCCUAAGUGCUUCUGAAGCUAUACUUUUGCUAUGCUUAGAGGCUUUAUAUUGUCCUGAUUUAGGUAGCUCAUCUCUCUUCAGUAGUGCAAAAUAAAGUCUCCUUUAUCCUGCAUUUCUGUACUACAGCUAUCCUAGAAUGGAUUUCUUCUACCCCUCAGCCCAACCUCUGAAGACCUGGUUAUUCUUUUGGAUUCACUAUGCCUUUGGAUCACUUUCCCCCCCAGUACCUCCUACUUCCUGUGUGACAGGGAAUUAGUGCUUAUCUUUCACUAGCUUUAAACAGUUCAUCAUUCCAUAUUCGGGUUAUGUAACCCGGGAGGCUCCUGUAUGAUGUCUGAUAGCGUUGCCAAUAAGGCCAAAGUGUACAUAAUAGUCCUGUUCCAUGUGUCCUCUGAUGUUAUAAGUGAAAUUAGGAUGAGCUGUCUGAAAAUGAUUAUGAAUGGUGAAGUAUGAUAAACUGUGUGGACCAGGUGUGAAUGGCAGCGGCAAGAUCAGUAUCACUGUUAAUAGGCCAGGGUGCCUUCCAUGCAUGUGUGUUCCUCUGCGAUCUGGACCCCUGCCUUUUAGUUUCUCUCUGUUUUGCCAGUCAUGUUGGAAUUUGGUCGGUCUGUAGCUUAUAAUGGGUGCCAGGUUCUUGAGGAUGUGAUUGUGUUCAAUAAAUGCCUUAUCUUGUGUUUGAAUAAAACUAGCAAUGUAUGUACACAAUUUAGAAAUGUCAGCCAUUGACCUGAUCCAAGAUGCUAUUCCCUUAUUUUGCCUCAAAGUAUAUGUUCACUGUAUCGCUUGUAUCAGCACAUUGAGAACAUUAGUUUCACUUAUGCAGACUUUGCUGAGUUUUAGAUAACUGUUAUUUAGAUCGGGUUUUUCAGUUAGUGGGCAGCAAAGGAAAAUGGAGUUCCUGGAAAUGGUGUUGCAAAACCAGUUUUUUGCAAUAAUUACUUACCAGAUUAUGACUGACCUCUUUCAGCAGUUACCAUAUUUGGAGCUCAGUCAUUUGAGGUUUACAGGAUUAGAAUACAACUAGUAUUUGUUUUCGUUAUGAAUCCAAUAGCAGUCCUCCAAACAUCCCUGUAUCUGCCAUAAGGAUCUGCGAAAGAGCUGAAAUGCACCAUCUGCUCAUUUUGUUAUUCCUGUAGAAUGGCCUCCGGACCGGUCCGCACAUGAGCGGUUCGGGUUCGGGUGGAUUGGGAUGGGAGGUUCCUUUAAGGGCAGGGGAGGGUUUACUCACCCCUCCCGCGCUUUCCCAACUCUGGAGCCUGUAUUUCCUUUAGCAAUCUGGGUGGCAGGAUACCUCCCUGCCGCCCCUUCACCCGCUUGGCUGCAAAAGGCUUUUGCAGCCAAGUGGGGGAAGGGGCAGCACGUCGCGCGCGCAAAAGGCUUCUAAAAGCCUUUUGCAGCCAAGCGGGGGAAGGGGUGGCAGGGAGGUAUCCUGCCACCCCGAUUACUAAAGAAAAUAUGUGCACCGGAGGGGGGAAGCGGCAGGAGGGGUAAGUAAACCCUCGCCCACCCUUAGUUGCUAGUCCAUCACACAUUUGCUUUCAAACUUGUAUCAAGUGAGAAAAAGGGGUGUCUUAUAUUAUCUUCUACUUACACUCCAGUCUAUACCAGCCAGUAAUCUGUGCCAUAUCUUUCUCAUCUCAAAACAAGCCAUCAUAGUAGUUGAAUCCUGCAAGUUUAUAAUUGACUUUUAGAAGGCAGGCUCCCGUCUCUGAACAAUAAACAGGUAUAGUCCAGAACUGCAUCUCUUAAUGAAAUAUUGCUGGAAUGCUAGCAGAAACAUGUUCACAUAACUUCAGAGGUUAUUUUUUUUUAGUUCAGCUACAGCAUGAAUUCCUGACAAUGCAUUAGCACCACCUUGUGGUAGAAUUUGUUAUUGACACUUUUGUAAGAAAAAAACGCCACCUUUUAAUUUGUGUUCAAAGCAAAAUACAGCUAUAUGAGGAAAAAUAUCUUAUUACAUGGUUUUUAUAUGCACUGUAUUCAUUAUGUAACAUAUCUUCUAUUUGAAGUUACCAUCAGAUGUGACAUGAUCCUAGUGCCAUAUGACACAAUAUAGUGUGUGACUCGUAACACUCUUCAUGUUGACAUCUCAGUUCUGAAUAAAUAUUCUCUAGCUAGUA